CCCAAAGAAAAUAAUCAGCCUCACUUCUCUCUGCUGGCGUCCGCGAUCGUCGACGAAAUCCCAAACUUUCCUGACCUACAGCGAUCCUUCCAUCGCAGCUUUGGUUCAGGAGAGCGGUGUUGGAAACCGUUGCACAUGAAUCAGCGCUGAUCGGCAUGUAACAAAUCCCUGGGAUAAUACUAAGAGAUGAACCGGCGAUCAUGAACUCGAGUUCAUAGCCGCACGGUACACGCCCUGAUUUCCUCGAUUUGACAGCUUUUUUAAGUGUAGCCUGCCCUCCGACUGAACCAUUAUGGCUCGUGGCUGCAUCUGCUGUGUGAAGUACAUGCUCUUCCUCUUCAACCUCCUCUUCUGGCUGGGGGGCUGUGGCCUGCUGGGUGUGGGGGUCUGGCUCUCCGUGUCCCAGGGCAGCUUCGCCACCCUGUCGCCCUCCUUCCCCACGCUGUCCGCCGCCAACCUGGUCAUCACCCUGGGCACGGUCGUCAUGGUGACGGGCUUCCUGGGUUGCCUUGGCGCCAUCAAGGAGAACAAGUGCCUGCUUCUGAGCUUCUUCAUCGUGCUGCUGAUCAUCCUAUUGGCCGAGCUGAUCCUCCUCAUCCUCUUCUUCGUCUACACGGACAAGGUGAGCGAGAACGCGCGUCGGGACCUGAAGGAAGGUCUGGGUCUGUACACCUCGGAGAACAACGCCGGGCUCAGCAACGCCUGGAACACCAUCCAGACCGAGUGGCACUGCUGCGGCGUGGACGGCCACACGGACUGGCACGCCGCCCUGCAGGCCAAGGUGGUCCCCGACCGCUGCUGCCAGGACGUCCAGCCCGGCUGCGGCCGCAACGCCUCCAGCACCGUCUGGACACGGGGUUGCUACGACAAAGUGGAGGAGUGGCUUGACGACAACAAACACCUUAUCGGAACCAUCGCCAUGUGUGUCCUGGUCGUACAGCUCCUUGGUAUGGCGUUCUCCAUGACACUAUACCAACAGAUCCACCGGGCAGGGAAGAAAUAUGAAGCUUGACGGGCUCGAUUCCUUCAUAUUUUUCGUUCAAGAGUGCUUUGUAAACGGUUACCUUUUUCAUGUUACGAUUUAAAUACGCUACAUUAGUGCAUGGCAUGCCACGUCAGAAUAUAUUUUUUAUCAUGCGUUCCUCGUCUAUAGACUAACAUUCGUACUGUUGUGAAUACAAUAUGAGCUAAUAAAGUCCAUUAACAGCAGUAAUCUCAUCGCAGUGUAACUACUAGUGUUUCUAUUUAAACGAGUUGUGAAGUAUUGAGGUCAAGUCAAGGUCAACCAGAAUCGACUGAGGGCAGAGAAGGGGCUCGUUUUGUUAAAAGCUUUGAAUGCCCUUGCAACGGAAACAUUUGUAUAGAGAUGUGUUUAUUAACCCCUGAGCAUUGUGUGUAUACUGUGCCCAAUAAAAAACCAAGAGACAGAUAUCUGAAACAUAUGAGGAUCUUUUAAUUCAGUCA